CCCGACUGCACGUGCGCGCCCAGCUGCCCGCCGGAAGGACCGAGCCUGGCUGUGUUUAUCUCGUUGGGGACUGAGGCGUCGGUUGGCGCGCAACGGGUUCUAGGCUGCAGGCAGCGCGAGGACCCGCGGCCCCGCCCCGGCCCGGCCUGGCAGGUAGCAGAGGCAGCAGGCCGUGCCGGGGGGGCAUGUUGCUGUAACCAGUGACCCAGGGGAUGUUACGGUGGACAGUGCACCUGGAGGGCGGGCCCCGCAGGGUGAACCAUGCUGCAGUGGCUGUCGGGCACCGGGUAUACUCCUUCGGGGGUUACUGCUCUGGCGAAGACUAUGAGACACUGCGUCAGAUAGAUGUGCACAUUUUCAAUGCAGUAUCCUUGCGCUGGACAAAGCUGCCCCCAGUGAGGCCCACCGUCCGUGGGCAGGCUCCCGUGGUACCCUACAUGCGAUACGGACACUCAACCGUCCUCAUCGACGACACAGUCUUCCUUUGGGGCGGGCGAAAUGACACCGAAGGGGCCUGCAAUGUGCUCUAUGCCUUUGAUGUCAAUACUCACAAGUGGUCCACACCCCGAGUGUCGGGAACAGUUCCUGGGGCUCGGGAUGGACAUUCAGCUUGCGUCCUGGGCAAGAUCAUGUACAUAUUUGGGGGCUACGAGCAGCUGGCGGACUGCUUUUCCAAUGACAUUCACAAGCUGGAUACCAGCACCAUGACAUGGACCCUUAUCUGUACGAAGGGCAACCCUGCGCGCUGGAGGGACUUCCACUCAGCCACGAUGCUGGGCAGUCAAAUGUACGUCUUUGGUGGCCGUGCUGACCGCUUUGGGCCAUUCCAUUCCAACAAUGAGAUUUACUGUAACCGCAUCCGCGUCUUUGACACCAGAACCGAGGCCUGGCUGGACUGUCCCCCGACUCCAGUGUUGCCUGAGGGGCGCCGGAGCCACUCGGCCUUUGGGUACAACGGCGAGCUGUACAUCUUUGGUGGCUAUAAUGCAAGGCUGAACCGGCACUUCCAUGACCUCUGGAAGUUUAACCCUGUGUCCUUUACUUGGAAGAAGAUUGAACCGAAAGGGAAAGGGCCAUGUCCCCGCCGACGCCAGUGCUGCUGUAUUGUUGGUGACAAGAUUGUCCUCUUUGGGGGUACCAGUCCAUCGCCGGAGGAAGGCCUAGGAGAUGAAUUUGACCUCAUCGAUCAUUCGGACUUACACAUUUUGGACUUUAAUAUGUCUAACUUGUCAUUUGAAGAGCUGUUGGAGUUGCAGAGCCGAGUGGGGACUAAGGCAUACAAGCAACAGGUAGUCGCAAACAGCACAAAGAAGCAAGGUUCUAGACCGCGCGUGCAAAAUGCAUGUGUCGCAGAUAAGCACAGGCCUCUGGAAAUGUCGGCCAAGGUUCGAGUGCCAUUUUUACGUCAAGUUGUUCCCGUCAAUAAAAAGGUGGCCCGGGACCCCCGCUUUGAUGAUCUGUCCGGGGAAUACAAUCCGGAGGUGUUUGACAAAACAUACGAAUUCUUGAAUGGCAUCCGAGCUAAGGAGAAGGAGCUUGUGAGAAAGCAGUUGAAGAAGCACCGUGCUGGGGAGGAGCAUGAGAAGCUGCAGCAGCUGCUUCAGCGGAUGGAGCAGCAAGAGAUGGCCCAGCAGGAACGAAAGCGGCAGCAGGAGCUGCGCCUGGCCCUGAAGCGUGAGCGGCGGGCUCAGGCCCAGCAGGGCCACCGGCCAUACUUCCUGAAGAAAUCUGAGCAGCGCCAGUUGGCCCUGGCUGAGAAGUUCAAGGAGCUGAAACGCAGCAAGAAGCUGGAAAGCUUCCUGAGUCGCAAGAGGCGCCGAAAUGCAGGCAAGGACAGGAGACAUCUCCCUCUGAGCAAAGAGUAGCCGGGACUGCCGUCUGCUCUGCUGCUGCCCAGGAGAGAUGGCUCUGUGGGGCAGAGCUGGGCUCGGCCUGUUCUGGUUCCUUCCCGUGGACACGCGAGGAUCACAGCUGCCUUGAACUAGCUUGGCUCAGAGAGUCUGGAGGGCGCUCGGACCGUCCCAGGGCUGGGCAAGGAGAGCAGCUCAGCCUUCUUCCAGACUACAGUGCCUCUGCUUGGAUCUGCUCAUCAUCACGGCCCCCUGUCCUUGCCGAUGGUUCCAGUACAAAACAAGAGGGGCCAUGGAAUCCGUUCAGGCCUCCCAGGCCUGAGACUUUGUGUAGGAGCCGCUUCAUAAACAUUUUUGUUACUCGCUUUUUUGUUCUUGUCAUCGUGCUUAUCCGUGAGCUGUGUGGGUGGCCUAGAUGUAGUGGCUGUGUGUGGGAGUAGGCAGCAAAACGGCCUCGUAGACUGGGAAGUCAGGGCAGACUCUUCCUACUUGAUCUGCUUCCUCCAAAGAUGGCUGUCAUGUACAGGGGGAACAGUCCCAGGCUUGGUUUUGGAUGAACCGGGGAGGCAAGAAGUGUAGACAGAAAGCUUCCACGCAGACCUCAGGGAUGUCUUUCUGAUGAAAUGUCGUGUUAAUGUCGUCACAGUUAAACACACAGCAUCCUGGGAGAGAAACGGCCAUGAGCAAUAGUCGUUGGGAACAACAGGCAAUAGAAUCAGACCAAAAAGAUGACACAGGGUAGAUUAUAAAAUAGGAAAUGUGGGCCGGUGCUGCAGCUCAAUAGGCUAAUCCUCCGCCUGCGGUGCCAGCACAGCAGGUUCUAGUCCCGGUUGGGGUGCCAAAUUCUGUUCUGGUUGCCCCUCUUCCAGGCCAGCUCUCUGCUGUGGCCUGGGAGGGCAGUGGAGGAUGGCCCAAGUGCUUGGGUCCUGCACCCGCAUGGGAGACCAGGAGAAGUACUUGGCUCCUGGCUUCGGAUCAGCGCCAUGUGCCGGCCACAACGGCCAUUGGAGGGUAAACCAACAGCAAAAAGGAAGACCUUUCUCUCUGUUUCUCUCACUGUCCACUCUGCCUGUCAAAAAAAAAAAAAAAAAAAAAAAAAAAAAAAAACUACUUAAGAAGGAAUAAAAUUUCUUUAAAAAAAAAAUAGAAAAUGUGACAUUCAGGUUUAAAGGAGAAGUAUGACUAAUGAAUAUCAAAAGGGACCAGGCUGGUUUGAUUAAAAAGUGAAACUUAAAAAUGCAAAUGCGCUAGCUGAAGUCAUAAAUGUUAUUUUAAGUAGCAGAUUAGACUUCUCCCUAAAGGGAGAAUGAACUGGAAGGAGAUGAGAAGAAAUUAGAAAUGAAGUAGAGAGACAGAAAUGGAGACUAAGGAAAGAGGGUAAAAGGAAGGUGCAGUGAGAAGGUUUGACACAUACAGUUCCGGAAGGAGAGACUGAAAGACUCUGAGAAUUGGGCCCAGCGUUGGAAGAGUGGCUAAGAUACUGCUUGGAUGCCCAUAUCCCAUAUCAGGGUGCCCAAAUUCAAGGCCCAGCUCUGCUUCCCAGCCAGCUUCCUGCUAAUGCACUCUGAAGACAACAGAUGAUGUCCCUAAUGCAUCAGUCCCCGCCACCCACGUGGGAGAAUCAAAUUGUUGGCUCCUGGUUUUGGCCUUGCCCAGCCCAAGCUAUUGUUGGGAUUUGGGGAGUGAAUCAGCAGCUGGGAGAUCUGUCUACCUCUCUCUCUUUCU